CGGCCCCUGUCGGGCUUAUGUUCUUCAACAACGCUGCCUUCAGGAUACAUUUAGCACAAUAUAGGACAAUUAUCGACCAACUAUAAUCGCAUUUCAUUUCACAUUUGCCUUUCCUCCCUCGAGACACAGCCAUGCCUAAAGUCGUUGGUUUCCAGUGGGAGCGCUAUGAGGCUUGGCGUCACCACCCACUGCUGCAGUUCAACAAGCGGAACGCCUUCCCAGGCGUGGGCAUCGGCUUUGCUGCGUUCCUGGCUUAUGUCGCAUACGACAAGAGCCAGCCAAAGGAGGACCACCACUAAGUGCAGUGUGCGGAGCUGCUGAAAAUAGAGACGUGAUGCUGGAACUGCACGCUCGAGGACAAGCAGCUUUGGUGCAGCCGGAGCUCACAUGGCUUAAUAUAUGGUGUAGAUAAUUAGAAACUGACGGUGAGGCGCCGCAUGUCGGUAGAGUGCGCGUGGCCACGGUGGCCCGCUCGUGUCGUGGGGGAGGAUGGUGGCAGACAAUGAACCUGUUGGUGGGUACCAGCUGCUGGGCGCAGCGGCCAGUCCAGGCCUACGGAGUUUUUGGCGGGGCAUCUUGUUGUGCUGGUGCACGCACGGAAGUAUGUAACGGGUAUGGAUG